UUCUUUGUUUGUGACCAGGAAAGCUACAGAGAGUUCUUACAGAGCGUCACAUAUCUAGGAUAAUCAAUUGCUUAUUCAUUUUUUCAUUUAACUCUAAGAUGUAAAUAUUGUGUUUUGUCUGUUCCUGGAGGCUGUUGCCAUAGCGAUAACCAAAAUAUACUUUUUUUUACUAGUUUCCUGUAUCCAUGGUGACGGGGAGUUUUGUCCAAUCGACUGUUGGUAUUGUAUGGUGGGGAAAUGCAGUGUUUCCUGCUUUUCAAAAGGGCUUCCUCCCAUUGGUACAGAGUGGAAUUCUUUGUUUGUGUCCUGGAAAGCUACAGUGUUCUUACGGUCUUAUGGAGUAUCUUUGGCCAGAACCUUAAAGAAGAAUUUGAGACAACAUGAAGCCUUUUCAAGCAAACUGCUUUGAUGCUCAGUGCUGCCUCCACCCGUCACUACCAACAGUCCUUGAGUAACAGACAUUACACCACCCCUCUGGUGACUGAACCAGGGAACCAUGCAGAGGCCACAGGUUACUGGUGGCACCCCACUACAGAUCCCACCACAGCCUGUACCCAAGAACAGGCACCCCAUCCUCCUGUACUCCAUCCAACCCUUACUGAGGGAGACAGUUAUCAGUAAGGAAGGCCACCCCCAUCCCCAGCCUGACUCCCCCCAGAACUGUGGCACUCAAGGCGCAGGCCAGAGCUGCUGGAGCCUGGAUGUGAGAGUGGCCGUGCUGCUGGUGAUCGUGGCUGGAGCUCUGAUACUGAUCCUGCUCUACAGACUUCUCCAGCUGAGGCACAGACUGAGGCUGGCCCAGGCUCAACAUGCCCUGGAGUACUACAGUUUCUACCACACCGCCACCUACACCCUCAAGGACCCCAGGCUGCCUCGGAUACUGCCCACGAAUGGAGAUGCUAUAGAGGUCACCCCUGUGGCCAACCCUGUGGCCCCUAUUGUUGUCACCCCAGUACCACCUCCACCGGUUUCCCCACCACCCUCUCUUCCCCUCCCUCAGCCCCCCAUCUUGUCUCUACCCUCUCGCCUACCUCCCCCUCCUCUACUGCCUCCACCCCUUCUCCCACUCUCUUCCUCACUCUCUCUCCCUCUGCCCCUGCCCAUCAUCCACACCACCCCACCCAGCCCUCACCAGUCCUGGGGCGCCAGCUCAGAUGCAGAGGUGUACUCUCGGAUCGGAGCGUUCAGACCAUCCAGGCUGUCCAGCCUCAGCCACUCACAGGUCAUCCUGUUUGAACAUUCCUCUCUCUGACAUCUUCUCUGGAUAUUCCACAUUAAGAGCAUUCAACUUUGUUGCUGCUUCUCUAUCACUUCUGUGAGAAUUCUAUAACCUAUUUUAAUGUUCUGAAUUUCAGAUUUGCGUGUGGGUGUUCUCCCUUGUGAUGAGUUCUUUGAGGAUCAUGAAAGGGAUUCUGUUGAGUUCACUGUUUUAUUAUCCCCUCACUGUUGAGUGCAUAGGCUUUGAAAUGUCCUGUAUCUGAAUUGCAAAUGUCCAUUUUAUGGUCCUAUUAAAGUCACAAAGAAUUUAAAAUGGUUGCCCUGAUAAAAGACAUUUUUCCUAAUCUAAAACCAUGUUAAUUAUGUUGUUUGUCUUGAGACAUAUCCCAUUUCUCCCACAAUCACAAUAACUGACCUCACUGUUUCCUUUGAUUGGCGGUAGACAUUUCCUCUGACGCUUUUCCAUCACUGGGUCUCUCCCUAUCUCACUCGCUCCCUAUGUUUCCUCCCCCUCUCCAUAAUACUUACUGUACUCUCCCUCUCUCUCUCUCUCUCCUCGCAGUCUGAAGCCAUGAUUGUUUCAUGAAAUGUUUUAUUUUAUUGUAAUUGUAAAAAAAAAAGUUUAUAUUUUAAAGCAGAACAGCUUAACAGUAUAUAUUGCCAACAUAAUACAUGUUUAUGUCUGUUAAGUAAUGUAAAUAGAUUAGAUCUGUUCAUCACCAUCUAUAGAGGAUUUAUGACCUUGUUGACAGACUUCUGCUCUUGGUUCUUACAAAGGUUUUUUGUAAGUUUUCACCAUGCCUUAAGAUUUAUUCACCUUCAAUUAAUUAAUAACAUUUUAGUUCCCCAACUGGUCCUUCAUGCAUAGUUGAUUCAUGGGUUGUUAUUUGUUUAAUAAAGUAGAAGAGCAGGGUGAAACCUAAGACCUCAUUUGAUCCAAUCCCGUGGGUGACUGUUUAUCCCUGGCCAUCUCUAACUUUGUUUGCAGGACUGUUAUCUGACUUGUCUACUUGCUGAAUGCAUGUUAAUACACUACACACAUGGGCAGCGUCAUAACCAGUCAAUGGGUUCUGUGUGGAACGAGAUUGAUACUGUUAUAGAAUCUGGACAUCGGGCACAGUCAACCACAUACCAGAUGAGUGAGAAGCGAGGCCUUUCUGAAAAGGGAUUCAAUUGUAAAUGUCCUUGAUCAUUGUGUGGAUCUCUGCUUCUGCACUGCAUUAAAUACAUAU